CGCAGCGCUUUGUUAGAUAGACAUCCUUCACCCGGAACAUAAACUUCAUUGUUUGUAAACAAGAACACUAUGGGAACGUGAUCGGCAAACGUUAUCAGUAUUUUUGAAAUGGUCCAAGGCAAGUAAUCAGUGUUUGUACGCUCAGCGAGGUCGAAGGGUGUGAUAGUCGGGAACUGAGCAGCAGAUAACAGUAGUGAUUUCCAUUGAGAGCAUUACAAUGCCACUGAACUACGCAGAUGUGCCAUUACAGUACGCGAAACGCAAAGACCUACACAAGGAAGAUGUGGAAUACCUCAAAUCCUGGAUGGGGAAGCAACCGCACUUACCCCAAAUUAGCGAUCUUGAAGUGAUCCUUCUUCUUUCCAGCUGCGAUUGCAAGGUGGAGAUGGCCAAGACGACCAUAGAGAACCAUUUCACGUUGCGCGGAAUGAUUCCGGAGAUUUUUGGUCCUCGCGACCCGGAGACAUGGAGACUAGCUUUGGAUGUGGCAACGGUAUUACCGUUACCAAAACUGACGCCUGAAGGUUACCAAAUUUUCUACUGGAAGAUUAACAAUCCGGACCCAAGCAAAUACGUAUUCACCGAUGCGAUCAAGUACCUGGAAACCAUUUUCAAAAUGACGAUACUCCAAAAGGGAGCUUUGGAUGGGAUGAUUGGAGUGGUCGAUAUGGAAGGAUAUUCACUAGCGCACAUUGCGAAAGUCAACUUGUUGCUAUUGAAAAGACUAAUCGUGUUUGUGCAGGAAGCACUCCCAAUGAAGCUCUCAGCUGUCCACUUCAUCAACGCCGGUAGGCGUCUCGACAAAAUUUUCACACUCAUGAAACCGGUCAUGAAGAAGGAGAUAAUUGAGAUGAUCCACAUCCACAGCGACUACCAGAAGACCUUGUACAAAUCCUUACCUCUUGAUUGCAUGCCAAAAGAUUAUGGAGGCUCGCUGGGGUCGGUUCAGGAGAUGAGAGAUGAAACGGUAGAGAUGGUGCUGAAUAACAUGGACUUUAUUGCAGAUGAUGAAAAAAAGGUUGCAGACAAGUCGAAGAGACCUCACCCGAUCACCAAAUUUAACGAAUUGUUCGGAAUUGAAGGCACUUUUAAGAAAUUAGAGAUAGACUGAUUUUGUAACUUUCUACUACACUACACAACACCAAUAUGACUCAAUAAAGACCGUUCCUCGGCCAUAUCUCGGCAA